AUUUCAUUGGAAAGUGAAAACUUAUUCAAAAUAUUUUUUAAUAUUAUUUUAUAUAACUUUGUAGCUUAUUGCUUUAUCUUUAAAUUUAUACAAAUAUAUUAUAAUAAUAUGAUAUGCUCUUUCUACAAUUAUGUACAGUACAUAAAAUAAAAGUAUAUCUCUUGAUUAUGACAUAAAAAUCAUGGACUAUAUUAAAAUAUUAUAUCUUUUAAUGAAAGGGAUAUUUUAUAUUACACAUAAUGAAAAAACAGAUGUAUUUUUUGUAUGAUAUUUUGUCAAUGAUGAUGACCAGUCGUAAUUAAUGCAGGUAAAAAAGAUCCUAAUACUAAAACUAGUAUUUCUUUAACUUUUAAUCCAGAAGAAGAUGCUGGCACAUUUUCAGCAGUUGGUAGAUGUGUAUAGUUGCUACUAUUUCUUGUCAUUAAUUCUGGUAAAACAUGAACAGUUGCAACAUAUAGGAAUGUACCUGCGCUGAAUAGCAUAGCCACUCCAGUUGCAUUAACAUUACUAAGUGUUUCUUUCCCUUCCUAAAAUACCAAAAUAUGUUACAAGAGCAAGACAAGGUGCUGCUAAAGAAAAUACUAAAAGAUGUCUACCAAUUUUUUUCCUAUCUACUCCUUCAUGUAGUAAAAAUGAUACAAGACCAAAUGCAGCAGGUGCCUUGUGUAACAUUAUUGCUAAAAAAACAAUUAAUUCUACAUCAGCUUGAGAUGUAGUUGCAGCAGCUCCUAGUGCCACUCCAUCAGCUGCUGCAUGAACUACAAGACCCAAAGUGGCAGUGACACUCCUUUCUCUUACUCCACUUCUUCUAGCUGAACAUUGAUCAACUAGUAGCAUAAAUACAAAACCAAGUAUUAAACUAAUACCUAUUAAGGAGUGAGGAUCACUGUGAACUUCUUGAUCACUAUUGCUUCCACCAGUAAACAAUGCUCUUAUACCUUCAGGUAUAAUCACAGCAAGCGCGGUGCCUACAAGAAGUCCAGCACCAAGUAUCGAAACCAGUUAAAAUGAUAGAUAAAAAAAAUUGUUCUUUUCAUCUAUCGUCAAAUGAAAAGGACAUUACCUCGGAUAAAUUCAUGACUAAUGGCAAAGACCCGGCUAUGCAGGAACCCACUAACAUUACCAGUGAAAGCAUCCAUAAUACUGUAUUUUCUUCCAUUUUUUAAGAUAUAUUUUUUGAAUAAACGAAAAGUAUUCACUUCAUCGAAUUAAUACUUUCGCAUUACUAUUUAAUAUUAAACGAGAAGUUAAACAACUUAAUUAUUUUUUUUACAGCAUUCUAACUAAAAUAUCAUUUUUAACAGUGUUUAACAAUCUGUUUUCGUCUACGUAGCAGUUUCGCGGUGAAUACUGUGAGUAUAGCAACAACAUAGAAGAGAAGUUAAAUGCAUUGAAACGUGUUAUAAUGAGUAAGUUUUCAUUGAGAAUUCAUUUCAUGAAGAAUAAUGUUAAUGUUUAACAUUAUUUCCAUAAUGUAACGAAAUGAAUCGAUCAAUGAUAAGUCUAUUUAUUUAAGAAACAAGUUAAUUUUUUAUAUUUCAUGUAUUACAUAAAAACAUUUCACUUGUAUGAACUGAAGAUAACAUGCUCAGUAUUCUGCGAUCUUAAGAGAACAGGAUCAACGAACUGAGAUCUAUAUACAUUAAUUUUCAUGGAUAUUAUUUAUUUGCAUAGAUGGCGUGUAAAGAUUUAUCUCGUGACUAUGUAAAAAAAUAAACAAACAACGCUUACAAUUAUUAACUAAAAAAUGAAUCUCCUUCUUGGACGUUUCAUUUGCUUUAUUCUGUAAUUUGUCACAUACGAAACGCCAUUUUAUCUAAUAUCUUUCUAUCACAAUUGAUAAUAGCAGUUGAUUUCUUUUGAUUUUUUAAUUUGAAUAAUUUUACUAGAUGGCAGAGAUGUCGAUUAACCGUGGCACCUCUAGCGGAAAUAUUAAUGUACUAAACAGUAAGUGAUUGGUAACGAGUUGAGUGAGACAAGUGAUUAAAAAAUGGCAUCCGCGACGACGUCGCACAAUGAGGUUUCACAGGAAUUUUCUGUCAACAAACUUAUUCGUGUCGGCUAUUACGAAUUGGAAAAAACUAUUGGCAAGGGAAAUUUUGCCGUUGUUAAAAUGGCUACCCACGUUGUAACUAAAUCGAAGGUUGCUAUUAAAAUAAUAGAUAAAACAAAAUUAAAUGAAGAAAAUUUAGCAAAAAUUUUUCGUGAAGUACAUAUAAUGAAACGAUUAAGGCAUCCACAUAUUAUAAGAUUAUACCAAGUAAUGGAAACAGAGAAGAUGAUAUAUUUAGUUACUGAAUAUGCUCCUGGAGGAGAAAUAUUUGAUCAUCUUGUAAGGAAUGGAAGAAUGCCAGAACCAGAAGCAAGAAGAAUUUUUCGUCAAAUUGUCCUUGCUGUUCGUUAUCUUCAUCAACAAAGAGUUGUUCAUCGAGAUCUUAAGGCUGAGAAUUUACUACUUGAUGCAGACAAUAAUAUAAAACUUGCAGACUUUGGAUUUAGUAACGAAUAUACUCCAGGUGUUCCACUUAGCACUUGGUGUGGGUCCCCACCAUAUGCUGCUCCAGAAAUUUUUGAAGGAAAACACUAUGAUGGCCCAAGGGCUGAUGUAUGGAGCCUAGGUGUUGUUUUGUAUGUGUUGGUUUGUGGUGCAUUGCCAUUUGAUGGACCCACAAUGCAAUUAUUACGUUCUGUAGUAAUCUCAGGGAAAUUCAGAAUACCAUUUUUUAUGUCUGCAGAAUGUGAGAAAUUGAUUAGACAUAUGUUGGUAGUAGAGCCAGAACGACGUUUAAGUAUCUCACAAAUUUUAGCACACUCUUGGAUGGGUGGAGAUGGUAUAACAGAACCUGAACCAGGAGGGUGCAGUCCUGAAAAUGUGCCACCACAAUUAAAUCAGGUAGUAAUAGAAAAUAUGUUAAGAUUACCAGGACUUAGUCCAGAAACGUUAUUAAAAGCAGUCCAAGGGAAUGCUUUUGAUCAUGUAUCAGCAAUAUAUAAUCUUCUUGUUGACCGAUUAGAGCCAACAAUGCCUAGUUUACCCAGUAUUCAAAGUAUACCAGGAGAUUAUGCUCCUGAUGGAGCACAUCAGUUAGAAAAGUUUGGUGAUACGGAAGCAGAAACGGAAGAAAGAAGUGGAAUGCAACUUACUCCUGGCACACCUUAUCACACAACAAGAAGACAUACAGUUGGACCUGGUGAUACAGCUCAUCAACCACCAACAUCAUAUCCUUAUAACUAUAAUCACAAUUCAGGCGAUCCGGCAUUACGUCUUCUUCCUAUACUACAGUAUAAUAAUACUGAUCCUCAAGUAUUACCUCAUACAAAUUUACCGUUAAACCUUCCUUUAGUUCAACAUCAACCUCCUCAAAACUUUCAAAUCAAAGAUCAACAUUUAUUAAAACCUCCCCCUGUGAUGGGAGCAACGGGAAGUUUUGGAAGAAGAGCUUCAGAUGGUGGAGCUAAUCUUCAUGUUUUCUAUCAACAACAUGGCAGUAAUUCUGGUGGUACUGAAGAUGGUGGAUGGAGUCAACCUGGCAGUAGAGAACAUUUACAACCUAUACAAAGUGGAAGUCCAACUCUAGUACCAUGUGCUCAAUCAUUAAAUGUGGGAGUUAAUACUGGAAAUAAUGAUGCGAACGGUAGUAAUACUGGAAGUGGAAGUGGAGGUAGUGAUAGAAGAAGACGGAGCGGUGUUACUGCCGUCAUGCAAAGACCAGUUAUAAAUCCGGAAAUGGUAAUGGAGGUGGAAGCUAGGAUGAAUAGAGCUUACCUCCCAUCACGGCUAUUACCAACACAUCUUAGAGGAUCUACACUUCCACAUCAUAGGAAGACUUCAUUGUAUCAUACUAGCACUGUAGGCAACAGAGAUUCAUAUAAGGAACCAAGUACUCAUGUCUCUACAGAAAGAUAUUCUCCCGUUCGGAGAGCAUCUGAAGGUUCAGGUCCACCUGGCCCUGGAAUUCAAGCACUUCAGCAAGAAUAUCAACAAUUGCAAAGGUUAGCAUCACCAUCACACAGUCCCGCAAGUAUUCCUGGAUCCCCUGUACAUGAAAGAGGUGUAGCAGCAAUCACACAAGGUUUAAGUGGAUUGACUACAGCAGCAGUACAAGGCAGCAUAGUUCAUGGUACUCCAACACAACCACCAGCAACACCAUUAGAUUUAAGUCCACUAAGACAUCAUAGAUCACCAGCUACAACACCAGUUAGUUAUUCACCUAGUAACAGUCCAGCUUUAGAUAUGAUUCAAGAAGAACAUCCUGUGGAAAUACCAAGAGUACCACCUCAAAUAUCUGUAACAGAUCUUGGGGGACAAGUAACACUAAUUAGUUGUUCACCUUCACCAUCUCCAUCGCCUGAUUCGCUCGAAGAUACGUUACCUCAUUAUAGUCCUCUUCCCAGUUUCAUCAUCUCUGAACCCUGUGAUCCAUUAAGACCAAGUAUCACACGCGGUAUCGGUAGGCCACUCAAUACGUCAAUACCUACAGAAGUUGAAGUUACAUUAUCGGAUGAAUCAAGUAGGUUGAAUUCAGAAGCUAUAUUAGGUCGUGUGAAACAAAUUAUAGAUGCAAGAGCCCCUCCAAAGGGAUUUGUCUUCUCUAGAGAAGAAGUGAAAGGUGGUGGGCUUAGUUUAGAAUACCCAGGUGGUGUUCAAAUUGAACUUAGAGUAUGUGAAUCAGAAGAGAAGGAAGUAAAAGGCAUUAAGAUGCGAAGAAUUAGUGGGGACCAAUUACAGUACAGUCAACUUUGUCAGCAGCUGAUCUCGUGUAUUACUAAGAAUUGCCUUCUUGUUUCUGGUACAAAUGUCUUCUUGUUUCUGGUCUCUGUUGGAUAAUUUAAUUUUAAUAGCUAGAGACAUAUAUAAUCUUUUGUAUAGUGCAAAUACAUUAUUGUGGUUUGUAGUUUAA